ACCACCGCGGCGACGCGAAACCAAGAAGUGCGAGCCCAGCCCCCACCUCAGCUGUGAACUGAAAACGCGCGAUAAAACCCUAGUGAAACGCCUCCGAUAAUUACGUCACUGUCUUUCGUGACUCGGAGUUAACUCACCGACCGAGGCGACUCGCUGAAAUGUACGGAUCUGAAUCCGGUUCAGUCCCGGAGGAUUUGGAACGAACCGCGUUCAGAAGAGCGGAGAAGAAGUACAAGCUGUAUUACGAAGACACCUACAAAUCAUCCAAAAAGAAACGGAAACCCAAACCCGUGGAUUUAUCAGAGGUAUUGGAUUUCAAUUCCAUUCUAGAAUCGUACUAUCAAAACGUUGAGCUUCCACACGGUGUCGUUCCUCUUCGAUGUGGUUUCGAUAGGCCCGUGUUCUCCUUAGAAAAUCGCCCAGGGUUUUAUUUCAUUCCUGGAGCACUGAGUGUGAAGGAACAAUGCCAGUGGAUAAAGGAGAGUUUAACCAGCUUCCCGCAGCCUCCUAACAGAACAAAUCACAAUGCAUUUUACGGGCCUAUAAAUGACUUGUUUAUUGCGGCGAAUGAGAGGAAAGUUUUGGUUGCAGAUGGGGGUUCAAAUUCUGAAUGUGAUCCUUCUGUCAGCAAUGGAGGUGUUCACGGUUGGAAGUUCUUUGAGGAACAUGAGGUGUCUUUGAAAGGGAGCACGUGCAAAUCAGUUUCAGCUUCAGUUCUAUUGCGGAAAUUGCGUUGGAGCACCCUUGGCCUGCAAUUUGACUGGUCCAAGCGAAACUAUGAUGUCUCUCUCCCGCAUAAGAAGAUCCCUGAUACACUCUGCCAACUGGCUAAAAGACUGGCAACACCUGCAAUGCCUCUGGGUGAAGAAUUCCAGCCUGAAGGUGCAAUAGUGAACUACUUUGGCCCAGGUGAUAUGCUUGGGGGCCACCUUGAUGACAUGGAAGCUGAUUGGAGUAAGCCUAUUGUAAGCAUGAGUUUAGGCUGCAAAGCAAUAUUCCUUUUGGGAGGAAAGCAUAGGGAAGAUCCUCCAAUAGCAAUGUUCCUUCGAAGCGGUGAUGUUGUACUUAUGGCUGGGGAAGCAAGGGAAUGCUUUCAUGGUGUGCCUCGGAUAUUCACAGACGGAGAAAAUGAUGAAAUUGUGACUCUUCAGAGGCAGUUCUCACAGGAGGAUGAUUUUAGUGUUUUAGAAUACAUCCGAAGUUCAAGAAUCAACAUCAACAUCAGACAAGUAUACUGAGAUUGAUAUUCUUUUUCAUCGAAAUUUUGGAUUCAUUCGAAAGGAUAUUUUGGCAAUAAAGAGUUGUUAGAGAAUUGCUACACAAGGACAUGUGGGAGAGCUAUGUGGUAACUACAAUGGUGCGGCACCCAUGAAUGUGCGGCUUGUUACAAGUCGGAUGCAGAAACAAAAAAC